UAUUUUCGACCUCCAUUCAUCCUUCGACUCAUCAAAAUUUAGUUUUUAAUUCUAUGUACAAUUUGAAACGAUAAAAUACAUUCGAUUAAGCCUUUCAGGAGGUGCUAGGGUGUUUUUCAAAAGACUAUAAGUGUGUUUGUGUGAUAAAAUAGUCUCAAAUGGCGUUGAAAUCGCCGGCUGUCGCUAUGGGUAUACUGUCACGUAUAACCAGACGCAGUUUUUCAACAUCUAAAGUUUUGUCGUCGAAACCUGUAACCGUUCGUGAUGCCCUCAAUCAGGCUAUCGAUGAGGAGAUGGAGAGAGACGAAAGUGUGUUUGUUAUGGGUGAAGAAGUGGCUCAAUACGAUGGCGCCUAUAAAGUUACAAGAGGGCUUUGGAAGAAAUAUGGUGACAAAAGAGUCAUAGACACACCUAUCACUGAGAUGGGUUUUGCUGGUAUAGCAGUGGGUGCAGCUUUUGCUGGACUCCGACCUAUCUGCGAGUUCAUGACCUUCAAUUUCUCCAUGCAAGCCAUUGAUCAUAUAAUAAACUCAGCGGCUAAAACAUUCUACAUGUCAGCUGGUGCGGUGCCAGUUCCUAUUGUGUUCCGUGGUCCGAACGGCGCGGCGGCCGGCGUCGCCGCUCAACAUUCCCAAUGCUUCGGUGCCUGGUUCUCACACUGUCCAGGCCUGAAGGUUAUCAUGCCAUAUUCUUCUGAAGACGCCAAAGGUCUCCUAAAGGCAGCCAUCAGGGACCCCGAUCCUGUGGUCUGUUUGGAGAACGAAAUGUUGUACGGUGUUCCAUUCCCCAUGUCCGAUGAGGCGUUAUCCAAUGACUUUGUGCUGCCAUUUGGUAAAGCUAAAGUGGAGCGGGAAGGUAAACACAUAACUGUGGUAUGCGCUGGACGGGCCACAGAAACAGCACUACAAGCUGCCAAUACGCUUGCUGGACAAGGUAUUGAAUGCGAAGUGAUAAAUCUGAGAUCGCUCCGGCCACUAGACUUCGACACUAUCGCGCGUUCGGUGGCCAAGACACAUCACAUAGUCACCGUAGAACAGGGCUGGCCUAGCUGCGGUAUCGGAUCCGAAAUCUGCGCCCGCCUGAUGGAGUCGCCGUCGUUCUUCGAACUGGACGCGCCCGCGUGGCGCGUGACCGGCGCCGAUGUGCCCAUGCCCUACGCCGCCAGCCUCGAGGCGCGCGCCCUCCCGCGCCCGCCCGACGUGCUCGCCGCCGUCAGCGCCGUGCUGUCCAACGCGUGAGUAUGCACUACCCACCGCGCCGGGCACAUGAGUAUA